AUGGACUUACAGGAUCUGAACUGGCACCUCACCACAGCCAUUUCAGCUCUGAAUCCAAAGACACCUAAUGAAACAAAAGAGACAAAUCCUCCCGAAUUUGGGAAAGAGAAAGAGAUAAAUCCCUCUGAAUCUGGGAAAGAGACAAAGCCCCCUGAAUCUGGGAAACAAAAUCAAACAAAUCCACCUGAAUCUGGAAAAGAGAUAAAUCCCAUUGAAUCUGGGAAACAGAAAGAAACAAAUGCACCGGAAUCUGAGAAACAUAAAGAAACAAAUCCACCUGAACCUGGGAAAUAUAAAAAUCCACUUUUAUCUGGGAAACAGAUAAAUUCUCUGGAAUCAGGGAAAGAGACAAAUUCCCCUGAAUCUGGGAAACAGAAUGAAACAAAUCCUGCUGAAUCUGGGAAAGAGACAAAUCCACCCCAAUUAGGGAAAGAGUCGAAUCCACCUGAAUCUGGGAAAAAAAUUAAUCUCACUGAAGCUGGCAAACAGAAAGAGACAAAUCCCCCUGAAUCUGGGAAAGAGACAAAUUCCAUUGAAUCUGGGAAACAGAAAGAGACAAAUCCCCCUGAAUCUGGGAAAGAGACAAAUUCCACUGAAUCUGGGAAACAGAAAGAGACAAAUCCCCCUAAAUCUGGGAAAGAGACAAAUUCUACUGAAUCUGGGAAACAGAAAGAAAGAAAUCCUGCUGAAUCGGGGAAAGAGACAAAUCCACCCCAAUCAGGGAAAGAGUCGAAUCCCCCUGAAGCUGGGAAACAGAAAGAAACAAAUCCACCUGAAUCUGGGAAAGAGACAAAUUCCACUGAAUCUGGGAAACAGAAAGAGACAAAUCCUCCACACUCUGGGAAAGAGACAAAUUCCACUGAAUCUGGGAAACAGAAAGAGACAAAUUCCCCUGAAUCUGGACAAGAGAUGAAUCCCACUGAAUCUGGGAAAGAGCUGAAUCCUCCUGAAUCUGGGAAACAGAAAGAGACAAAUCCCCCUGAAUCUGGGAAAGAGACAAAUUCUCCGGAAUCUGGGAAACAGAAAGAGACAAAUCCUCUUGAAUCUGGGAAGCAGACAAAUCCUCCUGAAUCAGGGAAAGAGACAAAUUCCACUGAAUCUGGGAAACAGAAAGAGACAAAUCCUCUUGAAUCUGGGAAGCAGACAAAUCCUCCUGAAUCAGGGAAAGAGACAAAUUCCACUGAAUCUGGGAAACAGAAAGAGACAAAUCCUCCACACUCUGGGAAAGAGACAAAUUUCACUGAAUCUGGACAAGAGAUGAAUCCCACAGAAUCUGGGAAGCAGAAAGAGAUAAAUCCUCCAGAAACUGGAAAAGAAACAAAUCCACCUGAAUUUCAAAAAGAGACAAAUCCCCUUGAAUCUGGGAAACAGAAAGAAACUAAUCCACCUGAAUCUGGGAAAGAGACAAAUUUUCCGGAAUCUGGGAAACAGAAAGAGACAAAUCGCCCUGAAUCUGUGAAAGAGAAAAAUCCUCCAGAAUCUGGAAAAGAGCUGAAUCCUCCUCAAUCUGGGAAACAGAAAGAGACAAAUCCCCCUAAAUCUGGGAAAGAGACAAAUUCUCCGGAAUCUGGGAAACAGAAACAGACAAAUCCUCCUGAAUCUGGGAAAGAGACAAAUUCCACUGAAUCUGGGAAACAGAAAGAAACAAAUCCUGCUGAAUCAGGGAAAGAGACAAAUCCACCCCAUUCAGGGAAAGAGUUGAAUCCCCCUGAAUCUGGGAAACAGAAAGAAACUAAUCCACCUGAAUCUGGGAAAGAACUGAAUCCUCCUGAAUCUGGGAAACAGAAAGAGACAAAUCCCCCUGAAUCUGGGAAAGAGACAAAUUCCACUGAAUCUGGGAAAGAGACAAAUUCCACUGAAUCUGGGAAACAGAAAGAAACAAAUCCUGCUGAAUCGGGGAAAGAGACAAAUCCACCCCAAUCAGGGAAAGAGUUGAAUCCACCUGAAUCUGGGAAACAGAAAGAAACUAAUCCACCUGAAUCUGGGAAACAGAAAGAAACAAAUCCCCCUGAAUCUGGGAAAGAGAUGAAUUCUCUGAAAUCUGGAAAACAAAAAGAGACAAAUCCUCUUGAAUCUGAGAAGCAGACAAAUCCUCCUGAAUCUGGGAAAGAGACAAAUUCCACUGAAUCUGGACAAGAGAUGAAUCCCACAGAAUCUGGGAAGCAGAAAGAGACAAAUCCUCCAGAAACUGGAAAAGAAACAAAUCCACCUGAAUUUCAAAAAGAGACAAAUCCCCUUGAAUCUGGGAAAGAAAAAGAAACAAAUCCUGCUAAAUCUGGGAAAGAGACAAAUCCACCCCAAUCAGGGAAAGAGUUGAGUCCCCCUGAAUCUGGGAAACAGAAAGAAACUAAUCCACCUGAAUCUGGGAAAGAGCUGAAUCCUCCAGAAUCUGGGAAAGAGCUGAAUCCUCCUGAAUCUGGGAAACAGAAAGAGACAAAUCCUCUUGAAUCUGGGAAAGAGACAAAUUCCACUGAAUCUGGGAAACAGAAAGAGACAAAUCCUCCUGAAUCUGGGAAAGAGACAAAUUCCACUGAAUCUGGGAAACAGAAAGAAACAAAUCCUGCUGAAUCGGGGAAAGAGACAAAUCCACCUGAAUCUGGGAAACAAAUUAAUCUCACUGAAGCUGGGAAACAGAAAGAAACUAAUCCUCCUGAAUCUGGGAAAGAGACAAAUCCACCUGAAUCUGGGAAAGAGACAAAUCCACCUGAAUCUGGGAAAGAGACAAAUUCCCUUGAAUCUGGGAAGCAGAAAGAAACUAAUCCCCCUGAAUCUGGGAAAGAACUGAAUCCUCCUGAAUCUGGGAAACAGAACGAGACAAAUCCCCCUGAAUCUGGGAAAGAGACAAAUUCCACUGAAUCUGGGAAACAGAAAGAAACAAAUCCUGCUGAAUCUGGGAAAGAGACAAAUCCACCCCAUUCAGGGAGAGAGUCAAAUCCCCCUGAAGCUGGGAAACAGAAAGAAACUAAUCCCCCUGAAUCUGGGAAGCAGACAAAUCCUCCUGAAUCUGGGAAAGAGACAAAUCCACCUGAAUCUGGGAAAGAGACAAAUUCCCUUGAAUCUGGGAAGCAGAAAGAAACUAAUCCCCCUGAAUCUGGGAAAGAACUGAAUCCUCCUGAAUCUGGAAAACAGAACGAGACAAAUCCCCCUGAAUCUGGGAAAGAGACAAAUUCCACUGAAUCUGGGAAACAGAAAGAAACAAAUCCUGCUGAAUCGGGGAAAGAGACAAAUCCACCCCAUUCAGGGAAAGAGUUGAAUCCACCUGAAUCUGGGAAACAGAAAGAAACUAAUCCCCCUGAAUCUGGGAAAGAGAUGAAUUCUCUGAAAUCUGGAAAACAAAAAGAGACAAAUCCUCUUGAAUCUGAGAAGCAGACAAAUCCUCCUGAAUCUGGGAAAGAGACAAAUUCCACUGAAUCUGGACAAGAGAUGAAUCCCACAGAAUCUGGGAAGCAGAAAGAGACAAAUCCUCCAGAAACUGGAAAAGAAACAAAUCCACCUGAAUUUCAAAAAGAGACAAAUCCCCUUGAAUCUGGGAAAGAAAAAGAAACAAAUCCACCUGAAUCUGGGAAAGAGACAAAUCCUCCAGAAUCUGGGAAAGAGCUGAAUCCUCCUGAAUCUGGGAAACAGAAAGAGACAAAUCCUCUUGAAUCUGGGAAAGAGACAAAUUCCCCUGAAUCUGGGAAACAGAAUGAAACAAAUCCUCUUGAAUCUGGGAAAGAGACAAAUUUCCCUGAAUCUGGGAAAGAGACAAAUUUCCUUGAAUCUGGGAAAAAGACAAAUCCACUCCAAUCAGGGAAAGAGUCGAAUCCCCCUGAAUCUGGGAAACAGAAUGAAACAAAUCCUCUUGAAUCUGGGAAAGAGACAAAUUUCCCUGAAUCUGGGAAAGAGACAAAUUUCCUUGAAUCUGGGAAAGAGACAAAUCCACCCCAAUCAGGGAAAGAGUUGAAUCCCCCUGAAUCUGGGAAACAGAAAGAGACAAAUCCUCUUGAAUCUGGGAAAGAGACAAAUUUCCCUGAAUCUGGGAAAGAGACAAAUUUCCCUGAAUCUGGGAAAGAGACAAAUUUCCCUGAAUCUGGGAAAGAGACAAAUUUCCUUGAAUCUGGGAAAGAGACAAAUCCACCCCAAUCAGGGAAAGAGUCGAAUCCCCCUGAAUCUGGGAAACAGAAAGAGACAAAUCCACCCCAAUCAGGGAAAGAGUCGAAUCCCCCUGAAUCUGGGAAACAGAAAGAGACAAAUCCUCCUGAAUCUGGGAAAGAGACAAAUUUCCCUGAAUCUGGGAAAGAGACAAAUUUCCCUGAAUCUGGGAAAGAGACAAAUUCCCCUGAAUCUUGGAAACAGAAUGAAACAAAUCCUGCUGAAUCUGGGAAAAAGACAAAUCCACCCCAAUCAGGGAAAGAGUCGAAUCCACCUGAAGCUGGGAAACAGAAAGAAACUAAUCCACCUGAAUCUGGGAAAGAGCUGAAUCCUCCUGAAUCUGGGAAACAGAAAGAGACAAAUCCUCUUGAAUCUAGGAAAGAGACAAAUUCCACUGAAUCUGGGAAACAGAAAGAGACAAAUCCUCCACACUCUGGGAAAGAGACAAAUUUCACUGAAUCUGGACAAGAGAUGAAUCCCACAGAAUCUGGGAAGCAGAAAGAGACAAAUCCUCCAGAAACUGGAAAAGAAACAAAUCCACCUGAAUUUCAAAAAGAGACAAAUCCCCUUGAAUCUGGGAAACAGAAAGAAACUAAUCCACCUGAAUCUGGGAAACAGAAUGAAACAAAUCCUCUUGAAUCUGGGAAAGAGACAAAUUUCCCUGAAUCUGGGAAGGAGACAAAUUUCCCUGAAUCUGGGAAAGAGACAAAUUUCCCUGAAUCUGGGAAGGAGACAAAUUUCCUUGAAUCUGGGAAAGAGACAAAUCCACCCCAAUCAGGGAAAGAGUCGAAUCCACCUGAAGCUGGGAAACAGAAAGAAACUAAUCCCCCUGAAUCUGGGAAAGAGACAAAUUCCCUUGAAUCUGGGAAACAGAAAGAAACUAAUCCUCCUGAAUCUGGGAAAGAACUGAAUCCUCCUGAAUCUGGGAAACAGAACGAGACAAAUCCCCCUGAAUCUGGGAAAGAGACAAAUUCCACUGAAUCUGGGAAACAGAAAGAAACAAAUCCUGCUGAAUCGGGGAAAGAGACAAAUCCACCCCAUUCAGGGAAAGAGUCGAAUCCCCCUGAAUCUGGGAAACAGAAAGAAACGAAUCCACCUGAAUCUGGGAAACAAAUUAAUCUCACUGAAUCUGGGAAACAGAAAGAAAUUAAUCCACCUGAAUCUGGGAAAGAGACAAAUUCCACUGAAUCUGGGAAACAGAAAGAAAUUAAUUCCACUGAAUCUGGAAAAGAGAUGAAUCCCGCUGAAUCUGGGAAGCAGAAAGAGACAAAUCCUCCAGAAACUGGGAAAGAAACAAAUCCACCUGAUUCUCAAAAAGAUACUAAUCCCCUUGAAUCUGGGAAAAAUAAAGAAACUAAUCCACCUGAAUCUGGAAAAAAAAUGAAUCCACCUGAAUAUGGGAAACAGAAAACGACAAAUCCUUCAGAAACAGGGAAUAAAAAGCAUAUAGAUCCCAAUAAAUCUGGGAAAGAGAAAGAUUUGAAUCCACCUGAAUCUGGGAAACAGAAAGAUAUAAAUCCCCCUGAUUAUGCCAAAGAAAAAGAAACAGAUCAACCAGAAACUGUGAAAGAAAAGACAAAUCCACCUGCUUAUGAGAAUGAGAAAGACACAAAUCUACCUGAGACUGAUAAAAAGAAAGAGACGUAUCCAUCUAAAGCUGUGAAAGAGGCAGAUUCACCUGAAUCUGAGAAAGAGAAAGAGAUGUGA